UGUUUGUGUGAUUUUUUUUGUUUUUCUCACCUUUUGGGCGUGGCAAACAAGCUUGUUCCCUUAUUUAGCGCUGUUGUCAUUCUGAGAUGGCGUCGCAACCAGCUCUGAACGCUGCUGCUGCUGCUGCUGCGGCGCCCAUCAACCUUGCGCCUGGGUUUGCGCACAUUGGCUUCAAUGCAUUGCCACCAGAUCAGGCCGCGCUGUACCGAGCUCGCUCGACGGUCGAUGACGCCCCGAGCCGUGAUGACGCGCCAAGUCUCGAAGAUCAUCACGAUGAGCGCAGUCACCGCCGCCGAAGAAGACGCAGCCUCCGCCGUCGCCACAGGCACUGGAUGCGUACCGCGGUGCGAUCGCUAUUCACAGCUCCGUCGAUCGCGGCAGGCGUCGCGGUGGUUGUCGGCAAUGUCGGCGUGCGCGUUGCGACCGUUGCCACGACGCUCGUCACCCGCGCAGGCAAACUCGCUCAAGCGGUCGCGCAGCUGGAUUGGAUUCGAGGUGAAAGCGAUGAAUCGGUCGUGCUGGCGGCGGCUGCCCAGGACGAGGCGGACGCGGCCGAGAUUGCCAUUCUCGAGGCAAUGCUGCAACCCAGGCUGGCGCUGAUCACACAGCUGUACAGGCUUGCAGAGCGGUCAGUCUGGCGGACGACCAUGCACGACCGUGUCCAGUACACGGAUAGAGCAGAUGUGGUGCCAAUCUUGCAUCCCUCGAGUGUGGUGCCGCUGCCAGCUAUUCUGCACCGAGCCUUCCCAGCGCUGAGAUUCUAUGGCAAAGCAUUCGCACUCCUCGAGCUCCAAAGCGAAAAGUUUGCUGCGUCGGAGCAGCCGUUUCACUUGUCACCGGCGCUGGAUGUGGAUGUCGACCAGUAUACGCUGCACCACUACCCGAUCGAAAUGGUUCGGGCGACUUUUGCACAGCCUCCUCUGAUUCGUUUUGCCCAUGACAGCCUGGAUGCUGCCAGUGUGUCUCAAAGGGUAUUGGGCGGUGAGGCUGCAUCAUCCGUUGCGACAGACGUGACGUGCCUGCCAGACGAGAUUCUGCUGCACAUUUUCCAGUUCUUGUUGCCAUCCGUGGCCGACCUCCGCCGGAUUGCCGCGGUUUGUCGAGCAUGGAAGAGAGUUUCAGAAGACCCUUCGAUUUGGCGGGUUGUUGUCCUGAACAAGUGGCCCAUCUUUCGCGCUCCUUCGCUGCACGCGACCUUCGAGAGUCACGUUGCAUUGUACAACAACAAUGUGAAAAGCAUGUGGGCCGACGGCAUUCAGAAAGCUUGCCGUGCAACGGCUCACUUUGAGAUUUAUGCUCCCUACAAUCGCGAUGCACCCCGGACAGUGCAAUCCCAGCUCCGACACACGCGAUCGAGCGGAUGGAACAUCCAGCUUUGCCAGCAAGCAGCCGCCGACAACGAAAGCGUGAAAGUGGUUGUCACGCCGACGCUUUCUCCAGAGGUGGCAUGGAUUCGUCCAAUCAAACUCAUCAUCACGAUUUCCAGGCCCGAUGCUCCAAAGGUUCAGGAGUGGCGCUAUGCCUCGUUCGCCAGCCCGGGACACCCAUCUCGCGAUUUUUGGAUGGCACUACCUGUCCCUGAGCAAUCGGGCUCUGGUUCAACGAGUACUUUGCCAAGGCCUGUUCAAGUGGAUGUGACCCUUGUGGAUGAAGGCAUGGCAGAGCCCUUCACUUCUGACACCACCCUGAACUGGGCCGCGCGCUCCAGUCCAACUUAUCGGUGCGCGGUUGUUACGGAUGAGGACAUUGAGAGGCAUUGCGGGUUUGGCCUGUUUGACGCCAUUAUUCUGCCUUGCUACGAACUGGCCGGGGACGACACAUUGUCGGCCUUGUGCUCUGUAAUUGCCCAUCGCCACGCAAUCAGUCGCGAAGAACAAGAGUUGUGGCUUUGCUUUCCAGACUCGGGCAGCCAAGAGCUACUCUUCCAUCCUCGCAUGCUGCUCUCCCCGCACCACAUCCAAACGUGCGUGAUUCAGGACCUGGCGACGCUGUGCGGUACUCAAUCCCAUUCCUACGUGAUGCAUACAAACGUCACAGGCUUGCGCCACCACCUCAUUGCACAACUCCAGACACGCUCUUUGUGGACUCCAGCAUCGCCGUCCUCCGCAAACGCCCACACCUUUGAUUUUGUUGUCUACUUUCGCCGCAGCCAGCCAGCCGAGGAACUGGCUCGCGCUGCCAGUGCACGCUCGACCUUUGCUCGCUUUUCGGCCGGCCUUGUGGCGGAGCGUUCCGACGGCGAUGACGACGACAACUUUGAGGCGGCGAUGGGCUUGUUCAAUCGGGCAGAGCAGAGUCUUUCCGUGGACGCGUCCUCUCUGGUCUUUGCCCGAUACUUUGAUCGUGAACUGCAAAAGCUGUGGAACCUCGGAAGCAUGCUCGUCUCUACCCACGGCACUCGGAUUGACACGUUGAAGCAGUUUGUCCGAGAGCGAGCUGGGCUUGCAGCGGACGCAGACCUCGUCAUGUACACCACGUCCAGCUCAGACCCUUCGCGAACAGAAUCCGUCUUGGAAGGCGCAGUGUAUCUGCGCGAGCUCGAUUUAACCUCUGGCGAUGUGCUCUAUUUUGAGCAAUCGGCCUCCGAGUUGCAUCUCGCAACACCGACUCGGUUGCGUCGGCUUCCUCGACCGCCGCCUGCCAGACGCGUCGGCAAGGCCAUCUUUGAUUCGUCCUUGCCCUUGUUUUCCCAGCAACUCUUGGAUUCACGCUCCUCCGAGUCCGACCUGUUGCCCAAUCCCGCAGUUUUGAGCCUAGCUCGCGACUUUUACCUCGACACCACCUCGCACCCUGCCAUUCUCGUGAAGCGGCUCCCACGCGUGAAUUCUGUCAGCGAAUUCUUGGCGUGCCGCGCGCGCAUCGUGCAGGUGGAUUUGCAGCUGCCAGAAGAUCCUUUCAACGACCACCCUCUUCUCGUCUCGUUGUGUUGCGACUCGAAUGUAUUGCUCUAUCAGUUGGUCGGAGUGGCGGCCGAGCUGCUCGCCAUCUCGCCCGAGCGGAUUUCCUUGUGCCACGACCGUGGACAGCCCUGCUCUUCGUUCAUGUCCGUUCGCGGUGUUUCGGAUUGCUCGCGUGCGGCUCCGCUGCAGCGACGAUUUUGGUGCCAACGGACGCGUCAGCCGAGAAGAGUGUAUUCGUCACACGAUGGCGUGGCUAUUUUCGUGGUGGUUGAUCCAAAUCACGACGCAACGACCGAGGGUCUCGGGACAAAAACAAUACGCACCUGGUAUGAUGUCCGACGAGAGCGCAAGAGAGCUUUUGAGAGCACUCGGCGGCAACGUGCACAAGCGAGCAGCUUCUCCAACACUUUGGCAACCGAUCCGUUUGGCGGGGUGUUUGCUGAACCCAUGUAUUCAAAGCUAUCAGGUCCUACCGUUGAGGAUGUGGAUUUUACAGGUACUAUCCUCGACACGUAGUUUGCCAAUUCUACAAACCAAUAGAAAAUAAAUCGAAUUUACAAUUGUGAUA